GGUCUCGACCGGUUCUUGCUCCACUCUGAUGCUUCGUGGGAGGUAUAGUGUACUCGCGUACAGUGCCUAAAGCCUUACAGCAGUGCACUGUAAUCUUAGCGUAUCGACAGCGACGUACCUCAUCCUCUCACUGGAGCUGUCUCUCCCACUGAUUGAUUGUGUUUGUCGACAACUACAAGCUAUCGACACCUUCCCCAUAUUGAUCACCUCACGACAUCCAACGGCUGGCAUCUCUAAUUCUCGUCCUCUAUCUGACGCCGAUUUCUUCCUACACUUGCCAGUCUACCUACGACGGCCCUAUACAAUGUCGGCUCAGAACUCGGCCGGUAUCCAGACCCUUCUGGACGCGGAGAGAGAAGCCUCCAAGAUUGUCCAGAAAGCCCGAGAGUUCCGUACAAAGAGAGUAAAGGAAGCCCGCGACGAAGCCAAGAAGGAAAUCGAGGCAUACCGCAACUCUAAGGAGGAAGAGUUCAAGAAGUUCGAGUCCGAGCACUCCCAAGGAAAUAAAGCGGCCGAGGACGAGGCGAACAACGAGGCCGAGGAGAAGAUCAAAGAGAUCAAGGAUGCUGGAAAGAAGAGCCAGGACAAGGUUGUCGCUGAUCUCCUGAAGGCCGUUUUCGAGGUCAAGCCUGUUGCACCAAGUGCCGCAUAAACAAAUGCCAACUCCCUAUAUGACAACCGAACAUACUGGAAGUGCGAGGCCCAAACCAUGGUAUACCUCUUGAGUAAACACAAUGGAAGUCGGUGGUCUUGCGGAAGGGCCGCAGAAACAUGUUUAGGUGGACACGGUUGUAAGAAAGCAGCCCAGAAACCCAGUGCGACGAUAGCUUUACCAACUAGGCUACCGAGAACUUUGGCGGCGAUACACCUCACUUUGAUCCGGUGGCGGUUAUAGUGGUAUCUUCAGAAUUACACCUAGCUAACCUG